AUGGCCCCCCGGCCCAGCGCCGCCACGGCCGCCUGCGCCCUGCUGCUGCUGCUGACGCCCGGUCUUGCUGAGGACGAAUUUUUUGAGAAACCGACGCUAAGCAUUGCAAAAGACCACAUUGUCAUCUUACCAGGAGAAGCCCUAAAAAUAAAAUGCAGGGGAGCACCUUCGGUGAGCUGGCUUUUGAGGGAGGACCAGAGGGAAGACCCCAGGGUGCACCUCAGCAGCUGCCGAAAUAACACGCGGCAGAGCUGCAGCAUGCUCGUCAUCAGGAAAGUCACAGCCAACGACACCGGUUACUUCACUUGCAUCCAUGACGACUCCCCAUCCAACGAGGAUCUCAUGGCCAAGAUUUACGUCUUUGUUAAAGACUACAGAAAUCCGUUUGUGGAGAUUCACCCGGAACAUCCCCAGAUCAUCUACAUUUUAGAUGAGACGAAAACGGUUGUUGUCCCCUGCCGAGUUACUUCUCCAGAUAUCAAACCCAAGCUUACCCAGUAUCCCAGUUCUGUAGAGAUGAACUUCAAGAGGAGUGUGUGGGACCCAAGAAGAGGAUUUGUCAUCCCCUCUCAUGCUUUUGUUUAUUCUGGAUUACUCACAUGCACUGCAAAUGUCAAUGGAAGCGUGUUCACAUCCUAUUACCUAGCACAGAGGUUGGAGGGCAGAGUACAGAACCUAGCUCUGAAAGCAACUCCCAAAAAACUGCUGGUUGGAGAAACUCUCUAUUUGGAAUGCAGAGCAGAAACCUUCAUCAAUGGGCGCAUCGAACUCAUAUGGACGUGUCCGAACGGGCGACACCCUUAUCCUAGAAGAAAAAUAGACCAGAGUGGAACGGUGUAUAAAGUUGGCAGCAUUCUGACGAUUGAAAAUGUCACCAUGCAAGAUGGAGGCAUGUAUACAUGCAAAACAUUCAAUGUAACGAGGCUGGAGGCCAAUGUCACAGUCACAGUGUAUGACAAACCCUUCAUUACGGUUUCACAUAAGAAAGGGCCUUACUACGAGAUCACAUCAGGACACAAGUCACUGAAACUAGCUGCAAAGGUGGACGCCUUUCCUCGCCCAACUGUUACCUGGUACAAAGACGGCAAACUGAUCAAGGAUAACCAUACUUGCUAUGAGCCCGACCCACUGAAAUACAGGCUGGGCAUAAGAGACGUGAGACCAAAGCAUGCCGGGAACUACACCAUCGUCUUGAGCAAUGCAAAAUAUGGCCUGUAUAAGAACCUCACCAUGCAGCUGGUUGUGACAGAGAGACCCAAGAUCUACGAAAAGGAAACUGAUUUCGAUAAGAUUGAGCGGGUAGAAUUAAGAAGCAAACACAAAAUCCAGUGCACCGUAAGCGGAAAUCCUGACCCAAAGAUCGAGUGGAAGUGGCAGCCCUGCAGCCUCACAGACACCCUGUGCAACCCUGAUGGGGAAAAAAUUCUGGUUCAGGAGAACAUGAUCAUAGGCAACAAGAUCAAGAGCAUUGAAAAUAUGACCAUGAAGCACGGGGAUAAAAGGAAGAUUGUGAGCACGCUAACUAUGGAAAACAGCAGCGCAUCGGGGAUCUAUUACUGUGUGGCUUCAAACAAGAUUGGUGAAGAAGAGAGGAGCAUUGAGUUCUACGUCUCAGAUGUGCCAUUUGGGCUGCAAACAGACCCACAGGUCACAACCAUCAUGGGGAACGAUGUCCAGCUGACCUGCCGGGCCUCCAAGUACAUCUACAGCAACCUGGCCUGGUACUACCCCUCCUCGGAGGCGGCUCCCGGUGACUCGGUGAUCAAGAAAACUGACAACUACUCCAUUUCUUUGACGUUGGUCAUUGCUAACGUCACGAAGGAGCACGGUGGCCUCUACAAGUGCAGAGCUCAGAACCAGCACAACAGCACGGACACGCUGGAGCAGCACACUCAGCUCCUUGUCAGAGCAAAGGCAGCGCCAUAUGUUAUCCAGAAUCUGACCGACCUGGAGGUUAACAUCAGCGGCAAGAUCAUUCUGGAGUGCAAAGUCAGCGGAACGCCAGAGCCUCACAUUACCUGGAGGAAGAACGGCCACCCCAUUUCAGCAGCCUCAGGAAUUUCCAUGGAAAAUAAUACCCUGGUCAUUGAGCGAGUGAAGAAGGAUGAUGAAGGGCUCUAUGAAUGCAAGGCAUCCAAUGACAUGGGCCAAGACAGUACAUCAGCCUUCAUUAAAAUACAAGGUUCUGAAGAGAAAUCCAACAUCGAAGUCAUCAUUUUGGUCUGCACCGGUCUAGCAGCUACCCUCUUCUGGCUUCUUCUGACCCUCUUCAUUCGGAAGCUGAGAAAACCCGAUGCCACAGACAUUAAAACAGGAUACCUGUCAAUUAUAAUGGAUCCAGAGGAAAUGCCUCUUGACGAGCAAUGUGACCGUCUUCCCUACGACAGCAGCAAAUGGGAAUUCCCAAGAGACAGACUGCGGCUGGGUAAAACACUGGGUCACGGUGCUUUUGGGAAGGUGGUGGAGGCGUCUGCUUUUGGCAUUGAUAAAUCUUCAACCUGCAAAACAGUUGCCGUAAAAAUGCUUAAAGCAGAAUGUGCAACUACUAAUGAAUGCAAGGCUUUAAUGUCUGAACUGAAGAUCCUCAUACACAUAGGACAUCAUCUGAAUGUAGUCAACCUGCUGGGAGCCUGUACCAAAGCUGGAGGUCCUUUAAUGGUCAUAGUAGAAUAUUGCAAAUAUGGAAACCUGUCCAAUUACCUACGAGGAAAACGAGGAGAUUUCAUUGCAUACAAGUCCCAGGAAAAUUCUGACCAAGCAGAGAAAAGUCUGGAUGAGUCCAACAGUGAUUUGACCGAACUGAUCAAGAGACGCCUUGAGAGCGUAGCCAGCACUGGAAGCUCUGCCAGCUCAGGAUUUAUUGAAGAUAAGAGUUAUAGUGAUUCUGAAGAGGAUGAAGAAGAUGCUGAGGAUCUGUACAAGCGGCCUCUGACGUUGGAGGAUCUGAUAUGCUACAGCUUCCAAGUGGCAAAAGGGAUGGAAUUUCUCGCCUCCAGAAAAUGCAUUCAUCGGGAUUUGGCAGCAAGGAACAUCCUUCUUUCAGAGAACAACGUGGUUAAGAUCUGUGACUUUGGACUAGCCAGGGAUAUUUACAAAGACCCUGACUAUGUACGGAAAGGAGAUGCAAGACUUCCACUCAAAUGGAUGGCUCCAGAAGCUAUUUUUGAUAAAAUUUACACAACACAGAGUGAUGUAUGGUCUUUUGGAGUGCUGCUAUGGGAAAUAUUUUCCCUAGGUGCCUCACCAUACCCCGGAGUGCAGAUAGAUGAGGACUUUUGCCGACGACUCAAAGAAGGAACCCGGAUGCGAUCUCCAGAAUAUUCUACUCCGGAAGUCUACCAGACAAUGCUGGAUUGUUGGCAUGGAGUGCCCACAGAGAGGCCUACUUUCACAGAGCUUGUGGAGCGUUUAGGAGAUCUUCUUCAGGCCAAUGUACAGCAGGAUGGUAAAGACUAUAUCCCACUGAACAUCACGUUGUGCCCCGAUGGAGAGUCUAACUCCAAAACUUGCCCCAUGGAAGAAAAUUUGAACAACUGUGUCAAUCGCUGGAGCGCAGUGGAAACUGGUAACAACAGCAAGAAGCGACCACUGAGUGUGAAGACAUUUGAUGAGGUGCCAGUGGAAAAGGAGAAAGUGAUACAUGAGGAGUCAGACAGUGGGAUGGUGCUGACGUCAGAUGAGAUAAAAAGCCCAAAGAGGCUGGAAAUCCGUUCCUGGCCUUAUGGGAUCAUGGCGCUAGCGCGGAGAGCUGUUAGCAAGAGCAAAGAAUCCAUAUUAUCUGACCACGAGCGUGAGGCUGUCAAAUACCAGCCAGCAGUGCAGGUUGAAGAGGACACCAUGGACUUCACACUGGAAGACUCUGUUCUCCUUCCUAUGGAUCCCAACCUGGAGUGCCACAGCCCACCUCCAGAUUACAACUCCGUCAUUCACUACUCUGCACCUCCAGUGUAA